AUGGAAAAGGCUUCCUCGACGCUCGUCGACGAUCGACCUGUCACCGCCAAGUCGUCCCAUCCUACAAUCAAGACUGGCUCCAAUGUCCCCAACAUGAAUGGACCGCUCUACAUGCAAACCUCGGGUUCCAGCGCUGUUCUCGUCCGCCGGCUCAAGCGCAAGGACGAGGGCACUUGGAAGCAGCUGUCGCGCUGGUUCGUUGAGAAUCAGAUUGGUCUCUCUUUCAACCUCCUCGCUCUGCUCUUCCUCGCGCACGCUUUCAUUCCCAAGGCCCGUGAGCACACCAACAAGUUCUUCCACCUCUCGUACUAUAACCCCGCUUCCGGCAACUACGCCAUUGGCGUCGACGACAUGUAUCUCAUAGCCUUUUUCAUCGUUCUCUUCACUGGUCUCCGCGCCAGCUGCAUGGAGUACAUGUUGGCGCCAGUGGGCCGAUCUCGCGGCAUCACCAAGCGCAAGGACUUGACCCGAUUCACUGAGCAGGGUUGGCUCUUUGUUUACUACAGUGUCUUCUGGACAAUGGGUGCCUACAUGUACUACAAGUCCCCAUACUGGCUCAAUCUCCAUGAACUUUGGACCAACUGGCCCAACAGAGAGACGGAUGGCCUAAUGAAGGGCUACAUAUUAGCGCAGUGGGCUUUCUGGCUCCAGCAGAUCAUUGUCAUCAAUAUCGAGGACCGUCGCAAGGACCACUGGCAGAUGUUCAGCCACCACAUCAUCACCACCCUCCUCAUCUCCUCUUGCUACUGCUACCACCAGACCCGCGUUGGUCACCUGAUCCUAGUCAUCAUGGACGUUGUUGACCUGUUUCUUCCGGCUGCCAAAUGUCUCAAGUACAGCGGAUUCACUACUGCGUGUGACUAUGCCUUUGGCCUGUUUAUGAUUUCAUGGUUUGCGGCGCGACACGUGAUAUACAUGAUGGUUUGCUGGUCAGUCUAUGCGCAUAUCCCGGAAGAAAUCCAGUAUGGGUGUUACUCCGGUAGCAACGCCAACAUUGUCGGCCCCCAGGACCCUGGCGACGGUCUGGGCCACCUUUUUGAGCCAUACUACAACAGCACUGGCCGUGUGUGCUUCAACAACAACAUCAAGUGGGCUUUCCUCACUCCUCUUCUCGCUCUGCAAGUCAUCACUAUUAUCUGGUUUACCAUGAUUGUGCGCGUGGCCGUAAAGGUCCUGCGCGGCGACGGCGCCGAGGACUCGCGCAGCGACGACGAGGACGAGGAAGAGGAAAUGGAAGAGGAGGAAGUGUUUGUUUACGAAGAGGCCCUUGAGGAAGAUGUCGGCGUCGAGGCGCUCGACUUUAAGAGCUGGGAGCGCCGGUCUGGCAUCAAGCGUCAGGCUAACAGCUCCAGCGUCAGCUUGCCUGGCCACAGCGACCGCAAGGAGCUCCUGGGCCGCAUCGGCUGCGACAAGCAAGUCGAGUAG